AUGGUCACAUUAGCGAAACUCAGACCAAAGCCGGUGAAAACAGUUAACGCUGGUUUUCCCUAUGUAAACCACAAGAAGUCCGGGCGCUUGUCGUUCGAGUCGUAUAGCCAUUCACCUCCGACUAUCUCACCAUCAGCGUUCAUUUCCAACAGCGCCGGUGGUUGGAGAAAUAGGCUUCGUCUUGUGCUGGACACGGGCGGUAUUCUCUUCCUCGAGAUCAAUUGA